AUGGAUAUUCAAGAUACAGUAUGCAACGAGAACAAUUAUAAUAGACAACGAAUUGGUAGUGUAUUGGAAAAUCAAUCAACUAAAAUUUAUUAUGUCAUAUUAAACUAUAUCACAAACAAAUAUCUUCCAAAACCAUUAGAUCCACUAGUGAUUUGUCGUUCAACCAUCGCAGUGAUCCUAAUGAAAAAUUACUUGGUAUUUGGAACCCGUAAUUCAAACAUCGGAGGAAGUCCUUAUAUUGUGGCAGUUGACCUCGAUGGGAGUUUUGCUAAAUUAGAUCUAAAAACUGGUAAAAUCGUUUGGCAAACUUACAUGACACCAAAUAAUUAUGGUAGAAAUGAUUUGUAUUCCGGAAACGCGGUUUGGGGCUCUGAUCCACCUAUUGAUCUCGAAAAUAAUUUGGUUUAUAUUGCUACUGGGAAUAAUUAUGGUGUUCCAUUAGAUGUGAUUAUCCUAAUAAUUAUUUUGAUGCAAUUCUUGCAUCAACAUGAAUACGGGAGAGAUAAGAUGGCACCCCUAUUUUUAGAUGUAUGUUAUGAAUAUGGUAAUUGCAUUCAACUUGUCAUUGCAACCGCGAAAUCUGGAAUCACGUGUGCGUUAGAUUCUGCAACUGGUGGAUUUCAAUUUGGUUGCAAAUUUUAUCUUAAUUUUUUUUGCAGAACUGAUGGAGGAAGAUAUUUUAUAUCACAAUCUAAUAGUGGAUCGACUCCAGUAUCUUAUUCAAAUGGUGUAGUUUAUUAUGAAAGUGGUGAUGAUAAUGGUACGUUAUUUGCUAUAGAUGCCAAAACUGACGUGAUUUUAUAUGAAUUUCAAACUAUAGGAACUCUUGCUUCUGGUCCAAGUAUUGUGAAUGGCAUCGUUUAUAUUGGAAAUGGUUAUGAACAUUUUCGACUAGCCGAUAUGAAUUUACAAAAGCAUGAAGUGAGCGAUCCGAGUGACCAUGGGAAGACUAUUUAA